AUGGUUGUGACCCGAGAAGGUUCACGAGGCCGACGUUAUUCUCGACGCGGAGGAGUUUCGCGAGGCAGAGUAUUUUGUCAAGGUGGAGGAGUUUCUCGAGGCCGUAGUGGAAAACCAACCGGCGCUGUUGCUGGUGCAAGACCACCGGCGCUGUUGGUGGUAGAAGACCAACCGGCGCUCUUGGUCUUGUGA